AUGAGAGAAUGUAUGACAUGGGCUGUCCUGUACGGCAUAUUUGCGGCAGUGCUGCUGGGUGCGGCCGCCAGCGCUGCGCGGCUGUGGUGGCUGCGGCGGCCGCUGAAGGUGCUGCGCGCAGCCAAGGACCACCCCGAGGCGCUGCGCAACAUGGGCAAGGUGUACCGCUUCCGCAGCACGAUACAGGUGGAGAUUCUGGCGCGUGUCAUGCGCAAGUGGGAUGAGGACGGCCAGCCUGAUGAGGAGGCCUGCGCCCUGGGGGAAUUCAUCAACAAGUGCGGCUUAGCGCGCUUCCCGAACAGCGCCACCCUCAUGAUCGCCCUGGCCAACUUUCAAAUAGAGGCCCGCAAGGAUGGUCACGCCGCACGCACCCAGCUGCAGCUGGCUGUCAAGGCCAACCCUUCCACCAUAGAACGCUUCUUCAUCUUCAAGCGCGUGUUCUGGCAGGCGUUGCUCCACGACACUGUCGCGUUCAAGAGCCUCCAGACCAGCUUUGCCGUCAUGAGCCAGGCAGAGAAGCAGGCUGCGCAGAUAUACCGCAGGUAG